GAUGCGACGGUGACCCCGCGGCCGGCGCGGGAAGGUCCGUGCGGCUGACCCACAUGCCUCAGAUGAGCGGCGAUCGGCGCUCUGUGACUGCGCUCCGACUGUGCAGUCCGCUGUCCUGCCGCCCGUGACUGGUGUGACUGCGCUCGGCGCCCUGUGACUGGUGUGACUGCGCUGGUCGCUCUGUGACCGGUCGCUCGGCUGUCCGGUGUCCGGGCGCCAUGAGCGGCGCGGCGUGUCCGUACAGCGUGCCGCUGGCGGUCAGCUCGGCCGUCACCUCGCUCUCGGUGAUCACCGUUACCUGCGUGGGCACCAUGGAGCGCAACUGCAGCGGGGCGGGACGCGCGUCGCUCCGACCGCUCCUGGUCACCAGUUGGCUGCGCGGCGGCGGCGACGGCCUGCAGGUCAAUGAGCCGGCCUCCAUGCUGCGACAGUUUGAUGACGACUGCACCGGCAUCGCCUUGUUUACCAGCCUGGUGACCAGUGUCGGCCUGCUCUCUGCCACUGUGUUUGUCCUGGCGGCGGUGUCAGCGGCCGUCCAGUGCGGCCCGCCCCCGCCGCAGACCAUCACCGACCCCCCGACCCCGCAGCAGCCGACCACCCAGCCGCCCCCGCCCCCGCCCCCGCCGGCAGCGGCCACAAUCGUACCAGCGCUGUUGGACAUUUUCAGCAUCAUAGGAGCGGUGACCCUGCCGGCCAACCCGUGUCCCGUGCCGGACUCGGCGCCGGCGCCGGGCGGCGGACCGUGCCGGCCCGUGCUGACCGGCGCCGGCUGCCCGGCCGGCUUCUGGACGCUCGUGCAGCCCACCACGUUUACGAGUACCUGCGCGCCGAGACUGUGCGACCCGGGCCGGAUCUUCCUGCCUUCGGACCGGCUGUGUCACGACGUCAGAGAGCCAGGAAUAUGUCCCGACAACCUGUGGCCGUACAUGAGCGGGUUCGGCACUGUCAUCUGCGACUGCGACGAGGGACAGUACAGGGACGUUAGCGGCAACUGCGCGGACCUCUUCAGUCGCGACUCCUGCCCGACCGGACAGAGCCUGCAGCCGCCCGGGGCCGACUCGGAGGUUCUCCAGUGCUCGGACGAUCCCUGCUCCCCGCUGGCCGCACCCGUCGACGACGCGCCAGCCUUCGUCGACGUCGGCGGCCAGUGCUUCGAGUUUGGCACGCGGGGCCCCUGCGCGGCCGGCCAGCUGCUCGGGUACGACGUCCAGCUGCGGGAGCCCGUCUGCGCGGCCGUGGAGGAGCCGUUCUUCGCCCGGCAGUCGGCUGAGGGCGGCGCCCUGACGGCCCGCCGCCGCCGCCGCGCGGCGCCGUCCGUGUGGACGCCGGUGUGGCCGCCGUCCGCGGUCCGGCCGCGCCGCCAGAGCCCGCUGCGGAUCGGCGUGGUGCGCUCACCGCUGCUGGUGCGCUGCGGCUCGGCGGCGCGGGUCAGCGCCCUGUUCACCUGCCGCGCCGUCAUAUUUCCGGGCCGCAACAGAAGAAGGCGGUCCUUUUUGCCCCCUGUUCCACCCAACUUCGCAUGUCCACAGGCGGAGGCGACGCUGUCCGGUGACGGCCGGUGCCUGACGCUCCCGGAGGCCGCGGCGGCCGCCUGUCUGCCCGGCACAGAGCUGAGCCCCGCCGGCCGGUGUCGGCCGGCGGCCGCCGCCGCGCUCGGACGCCGCAGACGGGCCACAGGUGGACACCGUGAGACGGGCGGGAGAUAAACAGACGACUGAUAGGCAGACACACGAUAGACAGACAGACGACAGACAGAUGGACGGCGUGGACGGCGGUAGACAACUCAGACGAUAUAGACGACACCCGGCGCAGCAUAGCUAUCACGUACUUAUGACCUUGUGGACCUUUUUCGUAUUUGUUCAAAGGCUUUAUUAUUAGUGAUUAGCUAAGGCGUGCGAUGCUCACCGUUAAGUAUUUUAUGUGGGUAUAAUUACGAGUAGGUAAGUGCACCCAUCAGGUAAGCUAAACGUAGACGGUGGCAUGCGCAUUGUCACCGCCCAUUGCUCAUGCCCUCAAAGGACAGAUAUAUUUGGACAAACAUGUUACCAACUCGUUUGGGAGCCAGUCUUUUGUGGUCAGUUUAUCAUCGUUACAUUUUAUUAACUGUUAGAUCUACGUUUGAUAUCAUUAGCAUGUCAAGCGUCCUGCUGUUGUAUCGUUAAUCUAUUGUUAGUUCCAGGACAGUGCCAUCGUUCGUAGCAGUAACGUAACCAAUGCUCUCCAUCAUUGAUUGCAGCGCACUGAGAUGCAGUGCAUGCUUUGUUAUGAUAAGAUGCCCGAGUAUUUGAUCGACGAUUCACAUUAUGCAGCCCAGGCGCUAGUGUAAUAAAAUGUAGUGCAGUGUAAUAGUGUAAUAAAAUGAGUCGUGCCUUUUCUGUCGAUCAUGAAAUACAUAGUUCAAGACAAA